AUGAUUAACCACCCCCUGUUAAUUAACCUAAUCAUAGCCCUCUCCUACGCUCUACCAAUCUUAAUUGCAGUAGCUUUCCUCACCCUAGUAGAACGUAAAAUCUUAAGUUACAUACAAGGCCGAAAAGGCCCAAAUAUUGUCGGCCCAUACGGCCUCCUACAACCCCUGGCAGACGGAGUAAAACUAUUCAUCAAAGAACCCAUCCGACCAUCAACGUCAUCACCAAUCCUGUUCAUUGCAACCCCAAUACUAGCCCUACUCCUAGCAAUCUCCAUCUGAACUCCUCUACCUUUACCAUUCUCUCUAGCAGACCUCAACCUAGGCCUUUUAUUUCUACUAGCUAUAUCAAGCCUAGCAGUAUACUCCAUUUUAUGAUCUGGCUGAGCAUCUAACUCAAAAUAUGCUCUAAUUGGAGCAUUACGAGCAGUAGCCCAAACAAUUUCAUAUGAGGUAACCCUAGCAAUCAUCCUCCUAUCUGUCAUCCUUCUCAGUGGCAACUACACCCUCAAUACUCUCGCAAUUACCCAAGAACCCCUCUAUCUUAUCUUCUCAUGUUGACCUCUUGCUAUGAUAUGAUAUGUCUCCACACUUGCUGAAACCAACCGUGCUCCCUUUGAUUUAACAGAAGGGGAAUCUGAACUAGUAUCCGGAUUCAACGUAGAGUAUGCAGCAGGCCCAUUCGCACUAUUCUUUCUAGCAGAAUACGCUAAUAUUAUACUUAUAAACACCAUUACCAUCAUCCUAUUCUUUAACCCAAGCUCACUAAAUCUGCCACAAGAACUAUUCCCCGUAGUACUAGCCACUAAAGUUCUACUACUGUCAGCAGGGUUCCUAUGAAUUCGCGCCUCUUGCCCUCGAUUCCGAUAUGACCAACUAAUGCACUUACUAUGAAAAAAUUUCCUACCCCUUACACUUGCUCUAUGCCUCUGACACACCAGCAUGCCAAUCUGCUAUGCAGGACUACCUCCAUAUCUAAGA